AUGAAGUGGAUCGUUGGGCUGCUGGCGCAGGCCAGCGGCGAAACGACGCCCAUCGACUUCAGCUUCAGCCCCAGCACCACGUGGCGCCUCGUGAACGAUGCCGAGGUCACCUACGGCUGGAGCAUCAGCGAGCUUCGCACCUUCUCAGACCCCAACUGCCAAGAGCCGGCAGCACCUGCCCGGGCUGAGGGCGCAAGCGCGCUGGGUGCCUCUGCCAGCCGCGCGCUGGAUGGUUCCACACUCACCGAGUGGAGGGCUCCCUGCCACAUUUGCGGACUGCACGAGGCGUGGCUGACGCUCCACUUUGACGCGCCAGUCGCCUUGAUGUGUUUGGAGCUCUUCCAGUGGGGCGACCGGGACUACGCGGCCGCAGCGGUCCUACUGCAGCGGAAGAGCGGUCCAGGCACCGAGGAGUGGGUCACUGUGCUGCGUGGGCACCAGUUGCAGGGUGGCCGCUGGGACGCGCUGCACUUCGUGCAGUGCGCCCCGCUGGCGGCUCCAAACUACGGUUCUGUGAGGCUCACCAACAAUGGGCUUUAUCCGAGCGAGGCGACCUUCACCUGCAAAGGCAUUCGACCCUUAACGGGGAGUGGCACCUCUGUGUGUGGCUCGGACGGCCAGUGGUCCGACACACCUCCCACCUGUUGGGAGGCCAUCCACUUCAUCGCGGUGAUCUCGGCGGUCUUGGCCAUUGAUGCGUCCGCCUUCGUGAUCUACUACAGGUGCUACGUGGUCGAUCAGCCAAAGCCGCUGAACGACGAGUCGAUCAUCCCUCAGGACUACUUGGGCAAGUGGAACUCCGAGUUGCUGGGCACCGGGCCCAGUUGGGGAUGGGGAGCUGGAGCUGUGACAGGAAGAGGAGGGAUACCAGAAUUUGUAGUUGAAGAUGCCAGGGUCAAGAGGGUGGAUGUAGUUCCGCCAGAUUCUUGCGCCCCAGGCUUCGUGAUUGAAGAGGCUGAAACAGCAACCGAUAUCACCCACGACAGCUCGUUCAUUCGAUUCACGGUGAUGGAAAGGUCCUGA